GUGACAGAGAAGAAACUGAUGACGAGGAUGACGUCGAGAACAACAAAUCAGACGAAAAACAGGAAGAUGAAAAUAAUAGUUCAAGUGAUGAGUCAAGGCAGCAACACUCUAGAUAUCGAGCACAUAAUAGGAACAAUAACAAAACAAAAAACUCUCGGAGUAACUCGUUUGUUGGUACAGCUCAGUAUGUAUCACCAGAGAUGAUAACAUGUGCAAGAUGUUUCACAAGCUCAGAUUUAUGGGCUUAUGGUUGUAUUAUAUAUCAAAUGUUGGUAGGAAGUCCACCAUUCAAUGACGCAACUGACUAUCUCAUCUUUCACAAGAUACUUGCCCUCAAUCUUACUUUUCCAGAUGAUAAAAUUUAUCCAGAGGCCGAAGAUUUGAUAAAAUCAUUACUUACCCUGGAUCCCUGUUCCCGUUUAGGUGCUUCAGAUGAUUUUACUUUGGGCUCAUAUCCAUCAAUUCGGUCUCACCCUUUUUUCACUGAAAUUUCACAACCAGCUAAAAUCACAGUAUCAACCUCACCAUUGUCAUCAUCUUCAUCCUCAUCAAAGUCACCAUCAUCUAACCUUCCUGGGCCUAGUUUUUUUAAUCCAGCCAAUCAAUAUCCGCAAACAAGAUGGUCAACCUUACAUCUAGAACGACCUCCACUAUUAGAUUUUCUUAAUAAAGAGGAUUACGAUUUAGAGUCUAGAAUAUCUUGCCUCAAUUAUGACGAUAUUGAACCAGGCCUAGAUGAAGGUCUCUUACUAGGCCUUGGUCUAUCAGACUAUCCAAAGAAGAGCGAAUCACCUUUUGAAAAGGUUGACUCAACAACCUCCUCUUCAACCUCACCUCCACCAACACAAAGGACUGGUUACAAUAAUAUAUCAAGUAAUAGUAGAGGAGGAAUUAACUUUAAUUCAAGGUUUUGUAAAAAUAGCUCAUCACACAAGGAGAAUUCUCGAUCCAAUAAUAAUCCAGAGCGAAGCAAGAAGAAAGGAUUGUUUUCUAAAUUAUUUAAACAUUGAGAUUAAACAAUGUUUUGGCAUUUUGAAAAUUUUAAUUAAUCAGUUGAGGAUAAGUGUGCUAAAUAAACUGCUAUUGUAAAGCAACCAUUUUAGUAAAUAUUGUAUCAAUCUUACGUUUAAUUUAAAACCAAUUCAUGAAUUAAAGCAAUGAAACUGAACAUUUAAAAAA